AUUCAUGUGGCCAUAGUGGUGGGUGGCUAUGAUGCUAGUCGUGAUGUUAUAACUUUAAUAAAGUCUGUAUUAUUUUACCGAAAUCAUCCACUGCAUUUUCACUUUAUUGCUGAUCCUUCUGCGCAGAACAUUCUGUCCAAGCACUUUUUUACUUGGCAAUUACACCAUGUUGAUAUUAGCUUUUACAACUUGCAAAGUAUCAAGAAAGAGAUUGCUUGGAUACCUAAUCGACAUUAUUCCGGCAUUUAUGGACUAAUGAAAUUAAUAUUAAUUACAAUAUUACCCAAUAGUCUAAAGCGGGUAAUCGUACUAGAUACAGAUCUUACUUUCAAUGCCGAUAUUGCUGAUUUAUGGUACUAUUUUCGCUACUUAACAAAGGAUAAGAUUUUAGGCCUAGUUGAAAAUCAAAGUGAUUGGUACUUAGGCAAACUAUGGAAGAAUCACACACCCUGGCCAGCAUUGGGUCGUGGUUUUAAUACUGGCGUUAUGUUAAUCAAUCUAAGCAAACUGCGACAGAAUAACUGGAACUAUAUCUGGAAGGAAGUGACCGAAAAACAAUUGAAGACUUUAACUUACACGACCUUAGCAGAUCAAGAUAUUAUCAAUGCUGUAAUUAAAUCGUAUCCGAAGUUAGUGUACAGGUUACCGUGUAGCUGGAAUAUUCAAUUAAGUGAUAACACUCGCAGCCAGACAUGUUAUAAGAAAUCAUCAGAAAUAAAGAUUAUACACUGGAAUUCACCAAAAAAGAUAAAUGUCAGAAAUAAACAUAUUCAAUAUUUUCGAAACAUUUAUCAGACUUUUAUUGAAUUAGAUGGAAAUUUGCUAAGACGUGAACUAAUUGGUUGUGAGAAAUCCAAUCUAAAGCCGACUUCGGUUAGAACUCGUAAUAUGCACGUACAACUAAAAAUUGUAUCAAACGAUAAUUUAUGUGACCCUUGCUAUCAAUUUAGAGUUGAAGCCUACAUCUCACACAGAAUUCAUCCAUACUUAUUAGAUUACAAGUAUCAACCGAAUGACAAUUACGAUGUUACUCUUGUAACUCAUUUAUCAAUUGACCGUUUACAAAUGUUGGACGGCUUAGCUAAACAUUGGACUGGUCCAAUGAGUAUAGCUCUUUAUGUAACAGACCGUGACGUUCCUAGCAUACGCAGUUUUAUCCAACAUUCUAACAAUUUGUCCAAUCGAAAAAAUAUAGGAUAUCAUAUCGUUUAUAUCCAAGGAGACUGCUACCCAGUGAAUAAAUUGCGAAAUAUCGCCCUUGAUUAUAUAACCACUGAUUAUGUUUUCUUACUCGAUAUCGAUUUCCUUCCAAGUCAUAACUCAUAUCAGUACUUGAGGUACUAUUUUGAUUUUCUGUCGCUGCAACAUAAUUUUAAUAAGGCUGCCUUAAUCGUACCAGCCUUUGAAACACAACGCUAUCGUGUCAAUUUUCCAGAGUCGAAAGAAAGGCUGAUAGCACUACUAAAUAAGCAAGAAUUAUUUACUUUUAGAUAUCAUCUUUACACUAAAGCUCAUUCUCCAACUAACUAUACGAAAUGGCAGACAGCAAACGAAACGUAUCAGGUACAAUGGCAGGAAAAUUUUGAGCCAUAUAUUGUAGUUACGAAAAAUGUAGCCCGAUACGAUGAACGCUUUAUCGGCUUUGGAUGGAAUAAAGUAUCGCAUAUUAUGGAACUACACGCUCGAGGCUAUCGAUUUCUAGUCUUGCCGAAUGUCUUUAUCAUUCACAUGCCUCAUAGCCCAUCGAGAGAUAUAACAAAAUUUAGGUCAAGCAAAGUUUACCGGAGUUGUCUUAAGCGCAUAAAAGAAGAAUUCAAGUCCGAACUAUUAAAGAAUUUUCCUCACAUAAAAACUUAA